AUGACGAGUCCUCAGAGGUCAGCGUUUUGUACUUCCGGCUUGGCGGCAACGCGUGUGCUCCGAACGUUAUUGUGACGAAAAGAUAAAGCUUACAACUUGGUGCACGCAUUACUUAUUUACAUUGAACAAAAAUGAGUUUACCUCUGAACCCAAAGCCUUUCUUGAAUGGCCUGACAGGAAAGCCAGUGAUGGUGAAACUGAAGUGGGGUAUGGAGUACAAGGGCUACCUGGUGUCUGUGGAUGGGUACAUGAAUAUGCAGCUGGCAAACACAGAAGAGUAUGUGGAUGGAGCGUUGGCAGGUCACCUCGGUGAGGUGCUUAUCAGGUGCAAUAAUGUUCUGUACAUCAGAGGUGUAGAAGAAGAAGAAGAAGAUGGAGAGAUGAGGGAGUGAUGUUCGUGAAGACGAUGGUUGUCUGGGUGUGAUUGUGCCUCACAGUUGAGUUAAUGUAUGUUUGUGUUUUCACCAUGUGAAACAAAUAACCUCUGGGUGUCUGGGUUAUUUUUGUUUGUUUUUUUUUUAUUUUCAGGUCUAUGUGAUGUUGUGACGUUGUUAUACAGACACAAUAAAGUGUAACUAUAACCUUU